AUGACAACUAGUGACGCGACCACAGACGGCAAUGAUAUUACCACGACAACUAGUGAGGCGUCGACAACCAAUGGUGGUGGCACCACGACCACUACUGAGGCUUCCACAGCCGCUGGUGAUGUUACCAUGACCACUAGUGAGGCGUCCACAGCCGCUGCUGAGGUUUCCACGACCACUAGUGAGGCGUCCACAGCCCCCGGUGAUGGUACCACGACCAUUAUUGAGACGUCCACAGCCGCUGUUAAAGAAAGCACCACCACUAGUGAGGCGUCCGCAGCCACAAAUGAUGCUCCCACGACCAUUAGUGAGGCAUCCACAGCCGCUGCUGAGGCUACCACAGCCACUAGUGAGGCGUUCACCGCCACAAAUGACGUUUCCACGACCACUAGUGAGGUGUCCACAUCCGCUGGUGAGUUUAUCACGACCACCAAUGAGGCGUCCACAGCCGCUACUGAUAUUACCACAACUAGUGAGGCGUCGACAACCGCUGGUGGUGAUACCAGGACCACUAGUGAGGCGUUCACAUCCACUGGUGAAGCUAACCCUACCACUAAUGAGGCGUCUUCAACCGCUGGGGAUGUUGCCAUGACCACUAGUGAGGCGACCACAGCCGGUAAUGACAUAGCCACGACGACUAGUGAGGCGUCGACAACCGCUGGUGGUGGUAUCACGACCACUAGUGAGACGUCCAUCGCGACAAAUGAUCUUUCCACGACCACAAGUGAGACGUCCACAGCCGCUGGUGAUAUUACCACGACCACUAGUGAGGCUUCCACCGCCACAAAAGAUGUUUCCAUUACUACUACUGAGGAUUCCACAGCCGCUGGUGAUGUUACCAUGACCACUAGUGAGGCGUUCACAGUCGCUGCUGAGGUUUCCACGACCACUAGUGAGGCGUCUUCAGCCACAAAUGAUGCUCCCACGACCACUAGUGAGGCGUCCACAUUCGCUGGUGAGCCUAACACAGCCACUAGUGAGGGGUUCACCGCCACAAAUUAUGUUUCCACGACCACUAGUGAGAGUUCCACAGCCGCCGCUGAGUUUAUCACGACCACCAGUGAGGCGUCCACAGCCGCUAGUGAUAUCACCAGGACGACUAUUGAGGCGUCGACAACCACUGGUGGUGGCACCACGACCACUAGUGAGGCGUCCACAUCCGCUGGUGAAACUACCACCAAUGAGGCGUCUUCAACCGCUGGAGAUGUUACCAUGACCACUAGUGAGGCGACUACAGCCGGUAAUGAUAUUACCACGAUAACUAGUGAGGUGUCGACAAUCGCUGGUGGUGGAACCACGACCACUGGUGAGGCGUCCACCGGCACAAAAGAUGUUUCCACGACCACUACUGAGGCUUCCACAGCCGCUGGUGAUGUUACCAUGACCACUAGUGAGGCGUCCACAGCCGCUGCUGAGGUUUCCACGACCACUAGUGGGGCGUCCACAGCCACCAGUGAUGAUACCACGACCACUAGUGAGACGUCCACAGCCGCUGUUGAAAAAAGCACCACCACCAGUGAGGCGUCUACAGCCACAAAUGAUGCUUCCACGACCACUAGUGAGGCGUCCACAGCAGUUGCUCAGGUUACCACAGUCACUAGUGAGGCGUUCACCGCCGCAAAUGAUAUUUCCACGACCACUAGUGAGAGUUCCACAGCCGCCGCUGAGUUUAUCACGACCACCAAUGAGGCGUCCACAGCCGCUACUGAUAUUACCACAACUAGUGAGGCGUCGACAACCGCUGGUGGUGAUACCACGACCACUAGUGAGGCGCCCACAUCCGCUGGUGAAGCUACCACCAAUGAGGCGUCUUCAACCGCUGGGGAUGUUACCAUGACCACUAGUGAGGCGACCACAGCCGGUAAUGAUAUUACUACGAUAACUAGUGAGGCGUCCGUUGGUGGUGGUACCACGACCACUAGUGAGACGUCCAUCGCGACAAAUGAUCUUUCCACGACCACAAGUGAGGCGUCCACAGCCGCUGGUGGUGGAACCACGACCACUAGUGAGGCGUCCACAGCCGCUGCUGAGGUUUCCACGACCACUAGUGAGGCGUCCAGAGCCGCUGCUGAGGUUUCCACGACCACUAGUGAGGCUUCCACCGCCACAAAAGAUGUUUCCAUUACUACUACUUGGGAUUCUACAGCCGCUGGUGAUGUUACCAUGACCACUAGUGAGGCGACCACAGCCGGUAAUGAUAUUACCACGAUAACUAGUGAGUUGUCGACAACCGCUAGUGGUGGAACCACGACCACUAGUGAGGCGUCCAUCGGCACAAAAGAUGUUUCCACGACCACUACUGAGGCUUCCACAGCCGCUGAUGAUGUUACCAUGACCACUAGUGAGGCGUCCACAGCCGCUGCUGAGGUUUCCACGACCACUAGUGGGGCGUCCACAGCCACAAGUGAUGAUACCACGACCACUAGUGAGACGUCCACAGCCGCUGUUGAAGAAAGCACCACCACCAGUGAGGCGUCUACAGCCACAAAUGAUGCUUCCACGACCACUAGUGAGGCGUCCACAGCAGUUGCUCAGGUUACCACAGUCACUAGUGAGGCGUUCACCGCCGCAAAUGAUAUUUCCACGACCACUAGUGAGAGUUCCACAGCCGCCGCUGAGUUUAUCACGACCACCAAUGAGGCGUCCACAGCCGCUACUGAUAUUACCACAACUAGUGAGGCGUUGACAACCGCUGGUGGUGAUACCACGACCACUAGUGAGGCGUUCACAUCCACUGGUGAAGCUAACCCUACCACUAAUGAGGCGUCUUCAACCGCUGGAGAUGUUGCCAUGACCACUAGUGAGGCGACCACAGCCGGUAAUGACAUUACCACGACAACUAGUGAGGCGUCGACAACCGCUGGUGGUGGUAUCACGACCACUAGUGAGACGUCCAUUGCGACAAAUGAUCUUUCCACGACCACAGGUGAGGGGUCCACAGCCGCUGGUGAUAUUACCACGACCACUAGUGAGGCUUCCACCGCCACAAAAGAUGUUUCCAUUACUACUACUGGGGAUUCCACAGCCGCUGGCGAUGUUACCAUGACCACUAGUGAGGCGACCACAGCCGGUAAUGAUAUUACCACGAUAACUAGUGAGUUGUCGACAACCGCUGGUGGUGGAACCACGACCACUAGUGAGGCGUCCACCAGCACAAAAGAUGUUUCCACGACCACUACUGAGGCUUCCACAGCCGCUGAUGAUGAUACCAUGACCACUAGUGAGGCGUCCACAGCCGCUGCUGAGGUUUCCUCGACCACUAGUGGGGCGUCCACAGCCACCAGUGAUGAUACGACCACUAGUGAGACGUCUACAGCCACAAAUGAUGCUUCCACCACCACUAGUGAGGCGUCCACAGCAGUUGUUCAGGUUACCACAGUCACUAGUGAGGCGUUCACCACCGCAAAUGAUAUUUCCACGACCACUAGUGAGAGUUCCACAGCCGCCGCUGAGUUUAUCACGACCACCAAUGAGGCGUCCACAGCCGCUACUGAUAUUACCACAACUAGUGAGGCGUCGACAACCGCUGGUGGUGAUACCACGACCACUAGUGAGGCGUCCACAUCCGCUGGUGAAGUUACCCCGACCACUAAUGAGGCGGCAACAACCGCUGGUGAUGUUACCAUGACCACUAGUGAGGCGUCCACAGCCGCUGCUGAGGUUUCCACGGCCACUAGUGAUGCGUCCACAGCCACCGGUGAUGGUACCACGACCAUUAUUGAGACGUCCACAGCUGCUGUUGAAGAAGGCACCGCCACUAGUGAGGCGUCCACAGUCACAAAUGAUGCUUCCACGACCACUAGUAAGGCGUCCACAGCCGCUGGUGAUGUUACCCUGACCACUAGUGAGGCGUCCACAGCCGCUGCUGUGGUUACCAUGACCACUAGUGAGGCGUCCACAGUGAACGGUGAUGGUACCACGACCACUAGUGAGACGAUCACAGCCGCUGUUGAAGAAAGCACCACCACUAGUGAGGCGUCCACAGUCACAAGUUCUGCUCCCACGACCACUAGUGAGUCGUCCACAGCCGCUGCUGAGGUUUCCACGACCACUAGUGGGGCGUCCACAGCCGCUGCUGAGGUUUCCACGGCCACUAGUGAGGCGUCCACAGCCACCGGUGAUGGUACCACGACCACUAGUGAGACGUCCACAGCCGCUGUUGAAGAAAGCACCACAACUAGUGAGGUGUCCACAGCCACAAAUGAUGCUCCCACGACCACUAGUGAGGUGUCCACAUCCGCUGAUUCUCUUACCACGACAACCAGUGAGGCGUCCACAGCCACUACUGACUUUACCACGACCACUAGUGAGGCGUCUACAGCCACAAAUGAUAUUUCCAUGACCACUAGUGAGAGUUCCACAGCCACCGCUAAGUUUAUUACGACCACCAAUGAGGCGUCCACAGCCGCUACUGAUAUUACCACGACAACUAGUGAGGCGUCGACAACCGCUGGUGGUGAUACCACAACCACUAGUGAGGCGCCCACAUCCGCUGGUGAAGCUACCACCAAUGAGGCGUCUUCAACCGCUGGGGAUGUUACCAUGACCACUAGUGAGGCGACCACAGCCGGUAAUGAUAUUACUACGAUAACUAGUGAGGCGUCCGUUGGUGGUGGUACCACGACCACUAGUGAGACGUCCAUCGCGACAAAUGAUCCUUCCACGACCACUAGUGAGGCGUCCACAGCCGCUGGUGAUAUUACCACGACCACUAGUGAGGCUUCCACCGCCACAAAAGAUGUUUCCAUUACUCUUACUGAGGAUUCCACAACCGCUGGUGAUGUUACCGCGACCACUAGUGAGGCGUCCACAGCCGCUGCUGAGGUUUCCACGGCCACUAGUGAGGCGUCCACAGCCACCGGUGAUGGUACCACGACCAUUAUUGAGACGUCCACAGCCGCUGUUGAAGAAGGCACCGCCACUAGUGAGGCGUCCACAGUCACAAAUGAUGCUUCCCCGACCACUAAUGAGGCGUCCACAGCCGCUGCUGUGGUUAUCACGACCACUAGUCAGGCGCCCACAGCCUCUGCUGAGGUUACCAUGACCACUAGUGAGGCGUCCACAGCCGCUGGUGAUGUUACCAUGACCACUAAUGAGGCGUCCACAGCCGCUGCUGAGGUUUCCACGACCACUAAUGAGAUGUCCACACCGAACGGUGAUGGUACCACGACCAGUAGUGAGACGAUCACAGCCGCUGUUGAAGAAAGCACCACUACUAGUGAGGCGUCCACAGUCACAAGUUCUGCUCCCACGACCACUAGUGAGGCGUCCACAGCCGCUGCUGAGGUUACCACAGUCACUAGUGAGGCGUUCACCGCCACAAAUGAUGUUUCCACGACCACUAGUGAGAGUUCCACAGCUGCUGCUGAGUUUAUCACGACCACCAGUGAGGCGUCCACAGUCACUAGUGAUAUUACCACGAUAACUAGUGAGGCGUCGACAAACGCUGGUGAUGGUACCACGGCCACUAGUGAUGCGUCCACAUCCGCUGGUGAAGUUACCCCGACCACUAAUGAGGCGUAUUCAACCGCUGUAGAUGUUACCAUGACCAGUAGUGAGGCGCCCACAGCCGCUGAUGAUGUUGCCACGGCCACUAGUGCAAUAUUCACGGCCACAGCAGAUCAAGCUUCAAGCAGUUCAAGCAUAGAGAAUGUUACUGCGUCCAGUGCGCCGACGUCGCAGUCAGAACAGUCCACAGCUGCCGAGUCCUCAUCAUCCAACCAGUUUUCUGGUACGAUCGUCUCCACAUCAGGAACGACUGCUACUCUGAGCGCUGUACAAACGACGGGGUCAAAUGAAACCUCCACGCAGCUGCCUUCGUCGUCUUCUCCUGGGACGGGCAUUGACUCGUCGCAGACGACAGUUUCGUCGUCGGCCGGUACGACCGUGUUCUGGGGAUCCAGCGUCUCCAGCUACGCCACGACGGAGCCGUCUCUGACUUCCUGGCCCACCCAGAGCGUCAGUUCGGCGUCAGAGCCGGUGGCGACGGCCACCUCGACGGUACCGCCUCCGGAGGGGGCGACGGCGGAGCGGGCCUCUGGCGCCACAGAGUCCACCGUUACAACUGAAGACGGUGCUGUAGCUACCACCUGGACAGUUUCGACGGAUGCCACUUCUGUUACUACCACUGGACCAGUUACAACUGACUCUACAACUGCAAUGGCCACUGGGCCAGUUACGACAGACGCUCCUACUACAGCUGCCACCAGACCAGCAAUUACAACUGACACUACUCCUACAGCUACCAAUUUGCCAGAUACACUUAACACUACUACCGUAACUACCAGUCGACUAUUUACAGGUAAUGCGACAACUGUAGAGUCCCCUGGAGCAGUUGCAACUGAGGCUACUAUUGUCACUACUACAGGAUAUGUUACAACUGACGUCACCACUAUAGUAACAACUGAACCACUUACAACAGACGCUAUUGUUACAGCUGCUACAGGAUCGGCUACAAUUACAACUGACGGUGCUACUGUGAAGACCACUGGACGAGUUACAACUGAUGUCACUUCCAUAGCGAAUCCACUUCGGAGGGCUCUGCUGAACUAG